CUUCGUUCAUUCUCGGUUGGCUGAAACGCAUGCGCACUCCGCUAUUCUUAGCCUUGUCCUCUGGCCGUAGCGGAGGCACGAAUUUCCACUUCUGUCCUUGAGCUACAUGUCUGCGCAGGCGUAGUGUAUCUGCUACCCGCCAGUCUCCAUUGGUUUUGGAGAUUAGUCGGCCAAUCCCGAGUGAUAUUAUUUUUGCCCCAGAAUCCCUUGCAUGUAACUACUGUCAUAGUGGCUAUGGCUGGAGUCCUAAAGAAGACCACUGGACUAGUUGGGCUAGCUGUAUGCGAGACACCACAUGAACGCCUCAAGAUACUCUAUGCAAAAAUUCUUGCUGCUUUGGAUAAUAUUCCCAGAGAUGCAUCAUAUAGGAAGUAUACGGAGAAUAUUGUAAAUGAGCGGCUUGAUAUGGUAAAAACAGAACCUGAUGUGCAAAAACUAGAAAAUAAAAUAAAUGGUGGACAGAUAGAAGAAGUGAUUUUGCAGGCUGAAAGAGAGCUCACCCUAGCCAGGAAAAUAGUACAAUGGCGACCAUGGGAGCCUUUAGUUGAAGAACCUCCAGCUAACCAGUGGAAAUGGCCAAUAUAAUUAACAUUAUUUGUAGCUUCUGGAACAGAAAAACACUUCAUUAAAUGUAUGCUGGACAUGAA